AUGACUUCUGUAUCCUUAAAGGAAGCCAAGAACCAAUUAAGAAAACAGAUAAAGCGUACUUUAAAAGGAAUAUCUCGAGAAUCGUUAAUAAUUCAAUCUCAUGACAUUCACCAAAAAUUAUUACAAUUAGAUCGUUUUCAACAAUGCAAAAAGAUUGCAAUAUUUAUGAACAUGCCAGACUCGGAGGUGAAGACAAUGGAUAUAAUCAAAUCAUGUUAUCAACAUGGGAAAGAUGUGUAUUUGCCUCGAUGUAAUCCAUUUGAAGUUGAAGGUAGAAAGAAGAAUUUUUUGUCAAUGUUACAAGUACCUACAUUUAAUGAUGUUCUUAAUCUUCAGCCUCAAGGGAAAUAUCAAUUGUUAGAACCGAUACUGGGUAUUGAUGCUAUUGAACAAGGUGAUUUAGACGUGAUUAUAAUGCCCGGGGUGGCAUUCACAAAGACAAAAAAGAGAAUUGGUCAUGGAGCAGGAUUCUAUGACGAAUUUUUAAAUUAUUACUUUAAGAAGUUUCAAAGGAAACCUUAUUUGAUUGGAAUUGCAUUACAAGAACAACUUGUGGAUGAUAUACCUACCGAAGAACACGAUUUCCCUUUGGAUAAACUAAUUGUAGCAAACCAUGAUGUCUAUUAA